UUUUCUGUUAUUCUAUUUUAUGUAUGUAAACUAACCCCAAAUUGUAAUUAAACUAAUGUUACAGGUUUCGGAUAACUGUUUUUUCUUGUACAUUUUUCUAUUUAUUGGGAGCUAUGGACAAGAUUGUCUUGACUACAUCUUAGCCAAAGGAACAUUUCAAAGGUGGUGGAGUGAUCAAAGGAUGUGGAUGGUGAGGGGAGUCACAUGUCACAUGUUUGGAUUAAUAGAAUUCAUAUCGAAGUACGUAGGCAUUGCCACACAGGGAUUCAAUGUCACCAGCAAAGUAAUAGACAAUGAACAGGGCAAAAGGUAUGAUCAAGGGACAUUUGAGUUCGGAGUUGAGUCGCCCAUGUUUGUGUCACUAGCAGUAGCAGCAAUAAUCAAUUUAAUCGCGUUUGUUGGAGGGUUGAUCGGAGUUUUGAGGGGCAAGAACUCAGAGGGACUGUUUGGUCAAUUGUUGAUUUCGGGUUUUGUGGUGUUGAAUUGUUGCCCAGUUUAUGAGGCUAUGGUGUUGAGGACUGAUAAAGGAAGGAUGCCUACUAAGACUACCAUCAUUUCCACAUUUCUUGCAUGGGCUCUAUACACAGCAGCUUCUCUUAUACUAAAGAUGUGAAAUUAAAGG